UAACUAUAUGUACUCUUAAUUUCAAAAUAAAGAUGUAUUUGAAAUUUUUAUCUAUUUAUACAACAUCAGAAUACGAGGUUUUAUCAAAACGUUCCCGUGCUCAAAUUCUCGCUCGUUUCCUGAGUGAAAUUUGCCAGCGGCGUAGAUCGGGUUGCACAAUACACUCCUUUGUGAAGCAGCGUGGCGAGUUUCAGUGCGGUCGGUCAUUCCGUUGAAAUUUAAUGGUCAUUUUUUGUCGUCUGCUCAGUACGUUGUUUUGAUUUUUUGCGUAUGUUUGUGAAAUUCUGUGUUAAGAUGGUCAAUAAGUAUUUGUUGACUAAGCGAUGGGUCGGACUCAUUGUUUUGAAUGAUUUUUUUUCGAUUCAGAGGAGGAGGAACGUUAGUUGAAGAUGAUGAAUGUUCUGCUUGUCCAUCAACAUUACCAAGCAUCAACAUUGAAAAAAUGAAGAGGGUUAUUCAUGAAGAUCGUCGUCAGAGUUACCAGGACAUUGCAAGUGCUGUGGAAAUUUCUUACUGGUCGUCUCAAGACUACAUCUCUCACCCUCCCAACUCCCCAGAUGUAAUAUUCGUGACUUCUUUCUGUUCCCAUAAUGUAACUGGCUCUCAAGGAAAGAAUUUUAACUGCUUGGUGAAGAUUCAAGCAGAAUCACAUGCCGUGUUAAAUUCCGUCACGAAAGAAGAGUUCCAGAAAAGUUUCGAGAAGUGGCAGAGGCGGUGAGAGCAGUGUAUGACCUCCCAAGGUAAGUACUUCCAGGGAGACAACUUCAACUGGAUAAACUGGAUAAACCUAAAUAUUUUUUUUUGCGGGAUUACAGGAACCUAUAACACCUAAUUUGUUUCUGUCAUUUGAUUUUAAGUAUAAAUGUAUGGUGAUCUCCGUAUUACCAUAGCAUAAAUAUGUACUUUGGUACAUAUUUAUGCUAUAGUAAUACGUAAAUAGUGGAGACAGGACAGUCACAGUUCUAUGUGCCACCUCAGGUCUGACUGACAGAACGUACUGGAAUGACGGGAGUGACUAAGACAGUGAGGGGGACUGGCGCACUUCCUCGGGUCUGUCUAUACCCAUGGGUACACCAUUCUGGAAGGCGGAUACUGAGUUCCAGGAGCCAAAUAACGAUAACGAUGAUGAAAAUUGCUUGGAGAUGCCCAGUGUAUAUUUGUUUUACGUGAAUGAUGCAAACUGCUCUAGUCUGUUGUCGCUAAUAUGUGAACAACCACCACAAGAUACUGCAAGUAAUUAUUAUUUUAUGAAUCGUGAUCUAUAUAUGAAAAAAUAUUGUACAUGUAACAAAAAGAGUAAAGUCGUCUACUGUUAAUCUGUAUAUAAGACCACAACAUGACAGCAGUAGCACCAGUGGCAGAGGUGCAGGAGUGUCCCUCCUUCUUCGUGAGUGUGGGCGGCCUCUGUCUCUUUUUCAUGACGUGGGUGGAAGAGUCGUGGGAGGAGUCACGUCAGACUUGUCAUGACAUGUCAGGGGAGCUGGCUGCUGUUACUGACAUUGAACAACUGAGAGCUAUAUACCUGUACAUGCACCAGGAAGGGAUCGCUGGUCAUUCCUUCUGGCUGGGAGGCUCCGACGCGGCCCAGGAGGGCGUCUGGUUGUGGACCGAGGGUCAACGCGUCCCUAUGGAAGAGGAUGAAUUAAGAUUAAACAAGUUAAUCUCUGUCAUGAGCAAGAUGAAAAACAUUAAAGAGGAUGAAUUAAGAUUAAACAAGUUAAUCUCUGUCAUGAGCAAGAUGAAAAACAUUAGUUAG